CUAAUGUGAGACAUACAAGUUUAUCGCACUCUGAAUUCUUAUUUGCAUUCCGUUGGACGAGACAUAUGACAAUUGUAAAGUCAAAAUAAUGGCUGGAUCUGCGUUAAGACGAUUAAUGGCCGAGUAUAAGCAGUUAACCUUAAAUCCACCAGAAGGUAUAAUUGCUGGCCCACUAAGCGAAGAAAAUUUUUUUGAAUGGGAAGCAUUAAUUACAGGACCAGAGGGAACAUGCUUUGAAGGUGGCGUAUUUCCAGCUAAAUUAAUAUUUCCAUCUGACUAUCCUCUCAGUCCACCAAAAAUGCAAUUCACUUGUGAAAUAUUUCACCCUAAUAUUUAUGCAGAUGGAAGAGUAUGCAUAAGCAUCUUACAUGCUCCCGGCGAUGAUCCAAUGGGAUAUGAGAGUAGCGCAGAAAGAUGGAGUCCAGUUCAAAGCGUAGAAAAAAUAUUGUUAAGCGUAGUGAGUAUGCUUGCUGAACCCAACGAUGAAAGCGGAGCAAAUGUUGAUGCUGCCAAAAUGUGGAGAGAAGAUAGAUCAGAGUUUGAGAGAAUCGCGCAAAAACUUGUUAGAAAAACUCUUGGAAUACCAUCUUAAUAUGACAUUAUUUAUCUUGUUAUGCUAAUUUUUAUUCUAAAAUUAAUGCCGAAGAAAAGUGGCUUAUAUCUACUUUUAUUGUUUUCUGUGUAAAUUCAUACAGUAAUAUUUAUUUUCUCGAAUUAUUUCUAUCUUACUUUUGUAUAUAGCAAUAUAAAAAUUAUUUUAAGAAGGGAUAAUUAAUUCAGAAGAGGUUUUUAUUAAAAGUAUAAUUAUUGAUAUUCUCUACUUAACUCUA